CCCAAGUUCCGACGAUUUAUCCGAUCGUUUAUUGCUCCGACGGAUUCUGCGAGCUGACAGGAUUCACACGAGCGCAAAUCAUGCAAAAGGGUUGCGCUUGCAAAUUUCUUUACGGCCCGGAAACGAAGGAGGAAGUUAAAGCGAUGAUCGAUAAAAGUCUCGAAAGUAAAACAGAACUGAAGAUGGAAGUCGUAUUUUAUAAGAAGAAUGGAAGCCCGUUCGAUUGUUUACUGGAUAUCGUUCCAAUAAAAAACGAAAAAGGCGACGUCGUCCUGUUUUUGGCGUCGCACAAGGACAUCACACUUACGAAAAAUCUUCAGACUUGUGAGUUGCACGAUUGUGAUGCGAAUGGGAAUCUUGAUCCUGAAGCACCACCAGCUAAUUACGGUAGAAGGAGAAGUCGUGCUGUACUCUAUCAACUUUCGGGACAUUACAAGCAGGACAAUAAACACAAGAUAAAAUUGAACAACACCCUAUUGCAUUCCACGGCACCACCAUUACCGGAAUACAAAACAUCUGCGAUUAAAAAGUCGCAAUUCAUUCUAAGUCAUUAUGGAGGUUUCAAGUCAUGCUGGGAUUGGUUGAUAUUACUAGCAACCUUUUACGUGGCAAUCAUCGUACCGUACAAUGCAAGUUUCAUCAAUAUCGAUAGACCAACUAUGGUUAGCGACGUCGUCGUGGAAGCCCUCUUUAUUUUCGAUAUCCUAUUGAAUUUUCGAACAACUUAUGUCAGCAGUAAAGGAGAGGUCGUAAGCAAUAGCAAAAGCAUCGCAUUGAACUACAUGAAAACUUGGUUCCUCGUUGAUCUCGUAGCAGCUUUACCCUUCGAUUUUCUCUACGCUUCUGAUGUUUAUAGCGGAGAGGAAUCAGUACACAGUAAUAUACAUCUAGUGAAAUUAACCAGACUACUUAGGCUGGCUCGUCUGUUGCAAAAGAUAGACAGGUAUUCACAAUAUAGUGCUGUGAUCUUGACAAUGCUGAUGUUAUUUUUUAUUCUGGUCGCACAUUGGCUGGCUUGUAUUUGGUUUGUCAUUGCUGAAAAGGAACGAUUAAGAAACGACAAGGAAUGGGAUCUUGGUUGGAUACAUGCUUUAGCUGAACGUUUAAAAAUUUCCGUUCAAAACGUCACCCAUACGGAAAGUUAUAUCACCGCAUUGUACUUCACUUGCAGCAGUUUAACUUCUGUAGGAUUUGGUAACGUCUCGGCUAAUACAUUUUCAGAAAAAUUUUUUUCCAUCUGCACAAUGCUCAUAGGCGCUCUUAUGCAUGCCGUCGUAUUUGGUAACGUCACGGCAAUCAUUCAAAGAAUGUAUUCGAGAAGAUCGCUCUAUCAAACGAAAUUGCGCGACUUACAGGACUUUCUGGUGCUUCAUCAAAUCCCUGACGAGUUGAAGCAGCGAAUGCAAGAUUACUUUCAAACGAUGUGGUCCUUGAAUCACGGUAUCGAUAUACACGAGACGCUGAAACAAUUUCCUGAAGAACUUAGAGGGGACGUUUCGAUGCAUUUACACAGAGAAAUUUUAAGCUUACCAAUAUUUGAAGCGGCCUCUCAAGGUUGUCUUAAAUUACUUUCCUUACACAUUAGAAGCAAUUUCUGCGCUCCCGGCGAAUAUCUUAUGCACAAAGGGGACGCUUUGUCAUAUAUUUAUUAUCUCUGCAAUGGUUCCAUGGAGGUCGUUCAAAAUAGUAUGGUCGUGGCGAUUUUAGGGAAAGGUGAUUUAGUUGGCUGCGAUAUAAAUGUUCACCUGCAACAUGGAAACAAUGGAGGAGGAACUGGUGGUGGUGGAUCUGGUGGACCUGAUGUCGUAGUAAAAUCUAGUUGCGAUGUCAAAGCUUUGACUUAUUGUGAUCUAAAGUGUAUACACAUGCAAGGCCUGGUUGAAGUUCUUCGUCUUUAUCCCGAGUAUCAGCAGGAAUUUGCACAUGAUAUACAACAUGAUCUCACGUAUAAUUUACGCGAAGGUUAUGAAGCCGAGGAGUCAGACAUGAACGGUCCUUCGUUAACAUUACCAUCAAUUAGCGAGGAUGAUGAAAAUAUAGUUGAAGAAGGGGAAACGUCACCUCUCUCUCCGUCGAAUAAAUCACCAUUACAUACGUCGUCUAGUCCCCGACAUGCUAAAUUUAGGGAUGAGUACAGAGAAGGAAGAAGAGCACCAGGUAGAGGAGUUAUCGUGAGGGGAAGGGCAGCACAAAUAAUCGCUCAAGAAUCUAUGGAGGAACAUAUUCGUGGUUCCGUAGAAAGAUUGGAUACGCAGGUUUCCACGUUGCAUCAGGACGUGGCUACAUUAAGUUGCGAAGUAAGAAAUGCCAUUCAUGCUCUACAAAUGUUAGCUUAUUCACCCCAAAGUAACCCUAAUUUACCAAGACCAGCCAGUCGUGGAAGUGGAAUGUUAGCAAGAAGUUCCUCUCAUCCACCAGAUGCAAUCUGUUGGAACCCACCAGCUAGAUUAGUUGAUACCACAACUCAAACGGAUUGGCCAGUCGAUAUGUUUGAAGUUUGGGUUCGGGCAAAUCCCGAUCGUGUUUUAAUGAUACUAGGUCUUGAGCCAGAUUCACUACUUAGGUUACAACCAUCAUCUCCGACCCAGUCACCGUCUUCACCACCACCACCACCUUACGAACCCUUAUCUCCAUUAGCAGGCACACCACCACGAUCACCGUCCCCAUCUCGACAUGAGGAGAUUUGUGUCUUUGAAAAUGAGGAUAGGGACGUUCAUCGAGCGUACAAAAAUUCGCACACAACGUGGAAUUCGGGAAAUAAGUUGUCUCAUCGAUUUAGUGCUGGUGAUGCCGACAACGUUUCUCUCUAUCAAACGUUCAAUACCCUUCAUCAACUUCCAGAAUCGCGCUCCUUGAAAUUCGAGAUAUUUGAUAGCUGAGCAAAAAUAGAAGAGGAAAAUUGCCAAGAUCGUCGAACAAUUUCCGACGAAACGUAAAAAAAAUACCUUGUCUCGUGUUUCCGGUUCGUAACGCGAUGCGAUGCGAUGCAUCAGAAUUGUGUUUGAUUAGUGACGCACAAAAAAAGAAAAGUAAAAAAAUUUAAUGAUGAAAAAGAAUGGAUUCAAAACUGAAAAAAAUGUAACUUCGAACGCGGAAUAUCCGCAACGUUCUGUCAAUUUUUAUCAUCGAGAUUUGGUCCCUCUUGAUCCUUUAUAAAUAUAUAUAUAUAUUUCUUUUUUUAUUUUUUUUUUGAGGGGCAAAAAAUACUUGAUUUUCAAUUUUAACACGAUCUUCAAUUCGAAUAUAUCGAAUUUCCCUAUAUAUUAUUACAUUAUAUGUUACAAAAAAUAAUGAACGUGUAAAAGGAAGAAAUAAGAAAUAGAA